CAGAAAGUCUAGUGAACUAUGAAUUACAACAACACUUUUUAACUCUGUUGUAUCCUCACCAUAAAAAAAUAUUAUUAUACCAAUCAAUCAAUCAAUCAAUUCAAAUUUGCAAUUUACCUUUACAACCGUUUACCCUUAUCAACUUAUCAACUACCAACAUCACGUUAAUAUGAUCAAAUCAUCAUUAUUCACAACAACUCAUUCACCUCCAAGGACGUUAAGAGAUGGAGGUGAAUUAUUCGAUCUUCAACUUAAAUCUUCACCCCCCUCAUCACCUAAAUCAGGUGUAAUCACAUCUACUACUUCAAGUAUGAUGUCUCCAUCAUCUUCAAACAAUAGUACUCAUCAUAUAUCAUCUUAUACCACUACUGCUAUUCAUAAAGUUAUCACCAACUCAUCUACAAAAUCUACUGGUGACCAUCUUGACGCUACCUUUGAUUCUAUUUCUAAAUCUUUUGAUCAAGAUUAUUUUAAAAGUGCAAAAGAUCCCAUAUAUGAAGGAGCUAAUGGAAUAGUUAUUAAAUGUACUGAUAAAGAUCGUAGAUCUAAAUUGAUUGUUAAAUUCAUUAAAUGUAAUGAAAAAUAUCCUAUAGAUCAUUAUCAUAAAUUAGUCCUUAAUGAAUAUAAUAAUAUGAAACGUUCAAGUAAUAAUAAAAAUAUCGCAACUAUCCUUGAUAUUGCUACAACACCUGAAUCAACUGAGUUAGCAUUAAUCUUUCAAUAUUAUCAAAUGGGUGAUUUAUUGGAUUAUUUAAGUAUCUUAAGAAGAGGGAAAUAUGAUAUAACUACCAGUAUGAAAGAUUCCAUAUUUAAACAAAUUUUAAAAGGAGUCAAUUAUAUACAUUCAAAAGGAAUAAUUCAUCGUGAUUUAAAACCAGAAAAUUGUUUAAUUGAUGAUAAUGGAAUUAUAAAAAUAAGUGAUUUUGGGUAUAGUUUAAAUAUUAAUAAUCCAAUUGAUUAUCAAACAUAUCUUAUUGAAAAUGUGGAUGAAAUUUAUUGUGGUACCAAUAGUUUUAAAGCUCCUGAAUUAUAUACUAUUGAACAAAAAAUCAAAGAUUCACAAUCUGAUUUCAAUAUCGAUGAAUUCUUUACAUCCAUUAUUAAAAAUGAUCAUCAAUUAUUAAAAGCAUUAGAUUAUUGGUCAUUAGGAAUAAUCUAUUUCCAAAUUUAUCUUAUGAAAUCUCCUUGGAAUAAUUCAAACAUCAAUGAUAUUAAAAACAUCUCAUAUAUCAAAUUCCAAAAGAAUUAUCCUCAAUCAUCAUCUCAAUUAUCAAAAUUAUUAGUGGAUUUAAAUACUAAUGGUAAUGAUAAUAGUUCUAGUAAUAAUCCUGUAAUGAGUCUUUUUAAAUCGAUUCAUUAUGAUUCGAGAGAACAUAUUCUUGGAUUAUUGAAUCCAAAUCCAUUAUUAAGAUCUUCAUGUCAAUCAUUAUUAGAUUCAACUUGGUUAAGUCAAGUCUACGCUAAUCCUAAAGAUUUAGUUGAUUUAACUAAAAAGAAGAGUUAUUAGACUCACAUUAGGCUAUAGGUUUUUAUUUUCAGUUCCGGGAGGUGGGUGGUGUUUUCCUUUUACAAUUUACAGUCAUUCCUUCAGCUAUUACAUUUACAUUUUACAUUUUACAUUUUACACUUACAUUUGCAAUCAUUUAUUUCUUAACCUCGUAACCUUUACAUACAAUUAUUUAUUAUUUAAAAUGGGUAUAUAUUCUCUCUUUUAGACAUGUCAGAAUAUAAUAAAAAAAUAUUUAUCAUCAUCAGAC